AUGUUAUUUACAUUAAAAGAGUUAAAGAAAUGGCUUCAAAUCACUGUAUUCGAACUCACUAUGAUGAUCGCAUCUGUAUUGGCGUUUUCCAUUCUGUUAGUGCUCAAACUUGAAGAUUAUUUAGAUUCAACAUGGUGGACGGUAUUUACGCCUUUGUUUGCAUGUGACACUUUGAUGGCCUACUUUGACUUGAUUGUCUUCAUCCAUCUGUACAUGGCGAUGGAGAAAAGUUUGGCGGUGAAACGUAUCAUCAUCAACACUUCAAUCAUCUUGCUGUUGAUUAUUUACAAAGUUUUGCUGUGUCAGCAACUGGAGGGUGUUCGGAAGAUGAAAUACGCGGUCGUUCAUUCGCCAUUGUUCAUAUUGAUGUUCUUCCUAUUGGUUCGAUCAUGCAUCGUGUCUGAUAACUCUUGA